AGAUAAGCCAGCCAAGCACAUCAUCGUACAUCCCUGUCGGUGUCCAAUCACAAACCACCUGCACCACCCGCGGCGACACAUUAUUUUUCUGGAGCUUCUCCAUACCUAGCUCAAGGUAGUUAGGGCAAAGCUGCAAAGUCUAUCGCUGGACAUCACGGUGUUCUUUCUUCACAGAUUCCGACUUCUUCUGUUCGCCAGUCAGGUUGAUUCUGUUUGCAAUUGGUGCUUGCAAAGGCCGACCUGUCUGUUUGGACCUUAAUUGCGCUGAUAAGGAACGUACCGCGCGGGGUACAUACACCACCCACAUCACGCAUAUCAAGACAAACAAGCUCAACUUGAGCUAGAGGAUCUUUCAAAUCGCCAAUUGAGCCUCCCACGGUUCACACGAGACGUCAAGAGAUUGAGAUAGCUGGUUAACAGAGCAGAAGGAGAAGAAAAAGAUAGUAGAUAUGGCGGAUGUUGUGAGGGAUGUCGAGGUUGAGAGUGGGAUGAUGAGGACGGUGAAGGAUUUGUUUUCUGGUGCUGCGGGGGGGAUUGCUCAGGUUCUUAUUGGUGAGUUUGUUUGCUCUCUUUUUUUUAUAUGAUGUUUUUUUGAGGGGGAGAGAGGGGGGGAGGUUGAGGGGUUGAUGGGGAUGAUGAGGAUGAUGGGGAUGAUGAGGAUGAUGGGGAUGAUGAGGAUGAUGGGGAUGAUGAGCAUGGAUGGAUGGAGGUGUGGUUGAGUUUUAUAUCUGGGAUUGAGGAUUGUGAGUUGAGAUUGCGGUUGGAAGUGCAAUUGAGAUAGGGAUGGGGAUGGUUUAUUGUCUUUUUUGCUUUUCGGGUUGACUUUUGGAAUUCUGUUGGUUGGAUGGAAGCAUGACUUUCAUUCACAAGUUUUGGAUAUACUUCGUCAUCUGGAAUCCAAUUAGACUCACUAUCAAGAUAUACAAAAACAAAUCACUAACAACCCCCCAGGCCAACCAUUCGACAUAGUCAAAGUCCGUCUCCAAACCACAACCCAAUACCCCAACGCCCUAGUCGCAGCCCAAACAAUCUACCGCACAGAGGGCGCCCUAGCAUUCUACAAAGGAACCCUCACCCCCCUCAUCGGAAUCGGCGCCUGCGUCUCCGUCCAAUUCGGCGCCUUCCACGAAGCCCGCCGCCGCUUCGAAGCCCGCAACAAGGUCCUCAACCCCUUCAAACCCGAUCUCUCCUACGCGCAAUACUACGGCGCCGGUGCCUUUGCCGGAAUCGCCAACAGCGUCAUCUCAGGACCCAUCGAACACGUGCGGAUCCGACUACAGACCCAACCCCACGGUGCCGCACGACUGUACUCGGGGCCCUUGGAUUGCGUCCGGAAGCUGAGCGCCCACGGCGGCGUGCUCAUGGGUCUGUACCGCGGCGAGGCCGUCACGAUCCUCCGCGAAGCGCAGGCGUAUGGGAUGUGGUUCAUGAGCUUCGAGUACAUGAUGAAUUCGGACGCGGCGCGGAAUUCCAUCGUCCGGUCCGAGAUUCCGACGUGGAAAGUUGCUUUCUAUGGUGGUUUGGCGGGCGAGGCGCUCUGGUUGGGGAGUUACCCGUUUGAUGUGGUCAAGAGUAAGAUGCAGACGGAUGAGUUUGGGGAGAAGAUGAGGUAUAAGACUAUGCGGGAUUGUUUUGCGAAGACGUAUAAGGGGGAGGGAUUGGGGGGUUUUUGGAAGGGGAUUGGACCGACGCUACUGAGGGCUAUGCCGGUUAG